AUGUCCGAAUUCCAUGGGCCUGGGGGUCCUGUCCCUCACAUUCCCGACGACAUGACUACUGCACAGUUCAUGCUCGAUUACCACCACGAGUGCAAGCCCAUCUCGGCAGACUCGCAAGCAAAUCCUUGGGUCAUUGACGACGCGACGGGGAAGAGUGCUGGGUUCGCAGAGGUGUGCUUUGGUUCACUCUACCGGGCAACGUAUAUUGACGCCGUCGGCUGGAGAUUCGUAACCGCGAUAUCCCUAACACCGUACUUAGUGGAGGACGAUGUCGUGGGCAUAUUCAGUCCAAACCAUAUUGACUAUCCCGUGAUGGUCUGGGGAACUCAUAGAUUAGGUGCUAUCAUAACUGCCGCGAAUCCGGCUUACACCGCGGACGAGCUAGAACACCAGCUGUCCGCGACCAAGGCUAAGCUGCUUUUUGUUCACCCAUGGAGCUAUUCUGUUGCGGUGCAAGCCGCACGCAGUGCCGGGCUCUCGGCAGACCGCAUCGUUCUGCUGGAGGUUCUAGGGGAAACCACAAGCAUUGAUGGACCGCAUGUGACUCUGAAUCAGCUCGUGGCUGAGGGGCUCGCGGCGCCCCAGUCGUUCGUGGAGCGCAAGCUCAAGCCCGGCGAGGGAAGGACGAAGCUGGCGUUUCUGAGUUUCUCAAGCGGAACCACGGGAAGACCCAAGGCCGUGUGCAUCCCGCACUACGCGCCAAUAGCGAACGUACUGCAAAUGGCGCAUCUUGCGAACUCGGCAACGUGCCCCCCGCAUGAGCGUAAAUGGCGUCCCGGUGACGUUGCGUUGGCCGUCCUUCCUUUUUAUCAUAUCUAUGGUCUCGUUGUGCUCAUGCAUUUCCUGAUAUUCUACGGAGAAUCUCUGCUUGUGGUACCGAAGUUUGAGUUUCUUAGCAUCCUCAAGAGUAUCGAGCGCUAUCGCGUAGCAUUUUGCCCUGGUGCCGCUCCCCUUUCCGCAGAGCUCACGCAUCAGCUCGCCCAAGUGCUACCUCAAGUCCACAUCGGACAGGGCUACGGCAUGACGGAAACAUCGACCACGAUCUCCUUCCCCCAAAUCGAGCAGAAAAUCUGCUUGCCUGGUAGCGCUGGACGUCUGCUUCCCGAUGUGAUCGCACGUGUCGUAAAGACAGACGGCUCAUUGGCCGGACCCGGUGAACCGGGGCACCUGGUUGUCAAAAGCCCGUCAAAUGCCCUGAGAUAUCUAAACAACGAGGAGGCGACAAAAGAAACAUUCGACGACGGAUGGGUUGCUACCGGCGAUGAGGUCUACAUCACCGAAUCCGCAGAUGUCUUUGUCGUGGACCGGAUCAAGGAGCUGCUGAAGGUCAAAGGUUUCCAAGUGGCCCCCGCGGAGCUCGAGGGACAUCUUUUCAACCACCCAGACGUGUCGGACGUCUGCGUGGUCGGCCUUCCCGACGACUACAACGGCGAGUUGCCACUCGCGUUCGUCGUGCCCAGCGUUGCCGCCGCAGAGCGCAUAAAGGCGGACGCCGCAGAGGCCGCCAGGAUCCGCGAGGCGCUGAUGAAGCACGUGGCCGACGCGAAGGUGCACUACAAGCGGCUGGCGGGCGGCGUCGAGUUUGUGGACGUGAUACCCAAAAACCCGAGUGGGAAGCUGCUCCGCCGGGUCCUUCGAGAUCGCGCAAAGGAGAUGAAGGAGCAGGGCAAGCUGUCCCUUGUGCCGAAAGCCAAGCUGUAG